AUGACACGGACUCAAUACCUUUGGGCCGGUAGGCAAACUCCCAGCCACUGUGCUACCGACCCAUACAUGUGUCUAGCACCAUAUGCCUCGAGUGCUGAAACCUCAGGUAUUUCGCUUCUUGGUAUACCCAUGGAUUUUUACUUGUAUGGUGAAAUGAGUAGUCUCGUCAGCAUUGGAAUGGCCAUGGGCUGCAUAUAUGCCCUGCUGCUACUUGUUCCCCUUAUGUACCCACUUCGUCUCUUGAGCCUGUACGAAUACCUGGAGCUGAGGUUCCAGUCCCGAUCACUGAGGCUGCUUGCUCUCCUGAUUGGAAUGCUUCAAACGUUGGGUUACAUGGCAAUAGCUCUUCUCUCGCCCGCACUGGCACUACAGGCUGGUGUAGGGUUACCAGUGUGGUUGUCUGUUGGUGUCAUUGGACUUAUUGGUACACUGUACACAGCAAUCGGAGGUAUCAAGAGCGUGGUGUGGACUGAUGCAUUCCAAUGUUUCGUUACUCUUGGUGGAAUGUUGACAAUUAUCAUACGAGGUUUCUCGGUGGUCAGGGGAGGAAACGCAGUCUUCAAGAUCAUACAGGAAAGUGGGAGAACAUCGUAUUCGAAAAUCAGCUUGGAUCCACGAGUGAAACUGACAUGGUGGGGGACCACGAUUGGGUUCAGUUUCUAUUG